GGGCUACUGGGCGGUGGCGACCGAGGCGGCCCGCAAGGGUUUGAAACCGUUUUGCAGCGGCGGCGGCGGCUGAACGGAAAGCGUGCGUGUAGGGGCGCCAGACAGAAUUAUGGAUAUGGAAAGUGAAGAAGAAAAAUGGGAGAAGCUGGAUGCAGAAUUUGAUCACUUUGUUGUAGAUAUGAAGCCUUUUGUUCUCAAAUUAACCCAUAGGUCAGAGCGGCAGAGGUGUGCACUUUGGAUUAGAAAACUGUGUGAGCCUUCAGGAACCGGUGCAGGAAUAAUGGGCAGGAGGAAUCGGAACCUAUAUGCGAAGCUGUUAUUGCACAUGCUCAAGCAGGGAGUAAUUGAAGGCCCCUUCAUACACCGACCUGAGCCAGGGACACUGAAAACUUUACCUUCAUACAUGUCCAUCUAUUUUGAUGAACCAAAUCCAGCACGAGCAAAAGGUUCAAGCCCAGAAGGAUUACCAGACUGGGUAAUGGGUGAGCUGGGGACAAGUGAACAUAAAUUAAAUGAAUCAUGGAAGCUUUCUUCUGGAGAGGAUUCCUCUUUAGUACAGUCGCCAACUGAUGUUCACAGUAGGGAACAGUAUACUGCCAAGCUCCAAACAAGUUCACGUUCUAUGAGUCCAAACUACAGAGAAGAUGGACAAAAUAUUACCGCAAAGAUUUGUGAAGUUCAUUUGAAAAAACCUGCUAUGUCUUUGGAUGACCGUGACAUCGAAGCUCGCCUUAAUAGUUGGAAUCUUGGGUUGGACAUGAAAACAAAAAUGAUGGAAGCUAAAUGUCAUGAAGAGAAACUUAAACUGCAACAGAAACAUGAUGCUGAUGUUCAAAAGAUUUUAGAAAGAAAGAAUAAUGAAAUUGAAGAAAUGAAGACUUUAUACAUAAACAAACAAAAUGAAACAGAGGAGACUAUUAGAAAGCUUGAAAAGAAAGUUCAGACCCUUAUACGUGACUGUCAAGUUAUCAGAGAGACCAAAGAGAACCAGAUUGCAGAGCUAAAAAAAAUAUGUGAACAAAGUACAGAAUCUCUGAAUAAUGAUUGGGAAAAGAAGCUCCACAAUGCUGUAGCAGAAAUGGAAAAGGAAAAGUUUGAUCUUCAAAAGAGGCACACUGAAAAUAUUCAAGAAUUGCUCGAGGACACAAAUGUACGUCUGAAUAAAAUGGAGAAUGAAUACAUGGCACAAACGCAGUCCACAAACCAGAUGGUCAAAGAACUGGAGGCCCGUGUCCAGCAGUUGACUGGAGAAGCAGAGAACAGUAAUUUACAGAGACAGAAAUUAGUUCAAGAAAAACUGGAACUUGAAAGAUGUUACCAGAUAACAUGUACUGAAUUACAAGAAGUAAAAGCAAGGCGCAACACACUGCAUAAAGAGAAAGAUCAUCUUGUAAAUGAUUAUGAGCAAAACAUGAAACUAUUACAAAGCAAAUAUGGUGCUGAUAUAAACCUUCUGAAAAAGGAACAUGCUCUUUCAGCUUCUAAGGCAUCUGCUAUGAUUAAAGAAUUAGAACAGAACAUCUGUCAAUUAAAACAACAGUUACAAGAAUUAGAACUUGAAAGAAAGCAACAACUAAGGGAUCAAGAAAAUAAGUUUCAAAUGGAGAAAAGUCAUUUAAAAUGCACCUAUGAAAAAAAGGUUCAUGACUUGCAGAGUGAACUUGAUAAAGAGAAAGAAGAUGCUCAAAAGAAAAUCCAUAAAUUUGAGGACGCUUUGAAAGAAAAAGAGGAGCAGCUAACUCGUGUGACUGAAGUUCAGAGGUUGCAGGCCCAGCAGGCAGAUGCUGCCCUGGAAGAAUUUAAGCGGCAGGUGGAACUGAACUCCGAGAAAGUCUAUGCUGAAAUGAAAGACCAGAUGGAAAAAGUGGAAGCAGAUCUAACUAGGUCCAAGUCUCUUCGUGAGAAACAAUCCAAGGAGUUUUUAUGGCAGCUAGAGGAUGUAAAACAGCGAUAUGAGCAACAGAUAGUAGAGCUGAGGCUGGAGCAUGAACAGGAGAAGACGCACCUAUUACAGCAGCAUAACGCAGAGAAGGAUAGCCUAGUCCGAGACCAUGAACGGGAAAAUGAAAACCUGGAAAAACAGCUUCGCGCUGCCAAUAUGGAGCACGAAAAUCAAAUUCAAGAGUUCAAGAAACGAGAAUCACAGGUUAUUGCUGACAUGGAGGCCCAAGUUCACAAGCUGAGGGAAGAGCUGAUUCAUGUGAACUCAAAGCGGAAACAGCAGCUGGUGGAGCUCGGUUUUCUUCGUGAAGAGGAGAAGCAAAGGGCUGCGAGGGACCAUGAGACUACUGUCAAUAAAUUGAAGGCUGAGUCCGAAAAGAUGAAAAUAGAGCUGAAAAAGACUCAUGCUGCUGAGACAGAGAUGACAUUGGAAAAGGUCAACAGCAGGCUGAAGCAGAUUGAGAAGGAAUAUACACAGAAGCUUGCCAAAUCUUCACAGAUCAUAGCAGAACUUCAGACAACCAUUUCCUCUCUGAAAGAGGAGAACAGCCGGCAGCAGCUUGCUGCAGAAAGGCGGCUCCAGGAUGUUCUACAGAAGUUUGAAGAUGAGAAGCAGCAGCUGAUUAGAGAUAAUGACCGAGCAAUCAAGGCCUUACAAGGUGAACUAGAAAACCGCUCUAAUCAAGUGCGAUGUGCAGAGAAAAAACUACAGCACAAGGAAUUGGAGUCACAGGAACAGAUAACUUACAUACGACAAGAAUAUGAAACAAAAUUCAAAGGGUUGAUGCCAGCAUCUCUCAGACAAGAACUUGAAGACACCAUUUCCUCUCUAAAGUCACAGGUUAACUUUCUGCAAAAGAGAGCGUCCAUCCUUCAAGAAGAACUGACUACAUACCAAAACCGAAGGUAACUGUGUGAAGACUUAACUGAGUAAUGUGUGUCUGGGCUACACUGUGGACUUCUUCCAGCAGGUUUGAAGAUUUGGCUGUUACAAAGUAAACUGUGAGAUCAAUGGCAUUUUUUAAUACUUAAGUGUAAUUAAG